AUGUCUGUAUUUCGCCCCGCAAUACUUUCCGCCUCUCUUGGCCGAGCAUGGUUGCACAACUUUGCAGACAAGGCCCAGCAAGCUUCAGCCCAAGGCUUUCAAGGCAUUGAGGUCUUUUACGAAGAUCUAGAGUAUGAAGCAAAGAAGCUGAAUGAUGUGGAAACUCCUAGCAACGACCAAAUCUUGUCGACGGCGUCUCAUGUUCGCCAGGUGCUAGAUGAUCUCAACUUAACAGUCAUUGGUCUUCAACCCUUCUUAUUCUACGAGGGUCUGAAGGAUCGAGACCAGCACAACCGGCUCAUUGACAAGAUAAAGCUGUGGUUCAAGCUUGCCAAGUCCCUGGGGACAGAUACUAUCCAGAUUCCAGCAAACUUCCUUCCAGCUGAUCAAUUGACUGGAGACAUGGAUGUCAUUGUGGAAGACUUGGUCGAGCUGGCCGAUUUGGGGAUUAAAGAGAACCCACCCAUUCGCUUCGCAUAUGAGGCACUAUGCUGGAGCACUCAUAUCGACACCUGGGAGAAGUCGUGGGAGGUGGCAAAGAAAGUCGACAGACCCAACUUCGGUCUUUGCCUCGACACGUUCAAUAUCGCUGGACGCGUGUGGGGUGACCCAGCAUCUCCUACGGGCAAGACACCCAACGCAGAUGAGGAUCUGAAGGAAUCUCUCCAACGACUUGUCCAAGAUGUCUCAUUGGAUAAAGUGUUCUACAUCCAGGUCGUUGAUGCUGAGAGGAUGGAAUCACCAUUGGUUAAGGGCCACCCCUUCCAUGUGGAUGGAAACCCUGCGAGGAUGAACUGGUCGAGGAAUGCCAGAGCAUUCAUGUAUGAAACAGAUCGAGGGGCUUACCUGCCUGUCGAAGAGAUUGCAAGGGUCCUGAUUGAGGAUUUGGGGUACAAGGGAUAUGUGUCGAUGGAGCUCUUCUCAAGGACGAUGAGUGAAGAAGGGAAAGAUGUGCCGCGACAGCAUGCCGAGAGGGGUAUUGCGGCCUGGAACAAGUUUGCCGAGAGAUUCAAAUUGAAUUAA